AUGCUGCUGAGCCCAGUCACCUCUACUCCCUUCUCGGUGAAUGACAUCCUGCGGCUGCAGUGCGAGCAAAGCCGCCCCGAGGUUUCGCGGCUUAGAGGGGCGCAGAGGAGCCCAGAAAGCUCUGAGUACCUGAGACUGAACCCGGAACCGCGCGGAUCCGAGGUUCUCAACGCCGGUGGCGGCGGCAGCGACAAGAGGCAGGACGGAUCGGAGCCUCCAGGGGGCCCCUGUGAGGCCACCUCGGAGAUGGACGCGAAACCCGUGCGGGAGCCUGAGCCUGACAUGAACGCCACUUCACCCCUCUGCGGGACCAGGGUGCCGGAGCGCGACGUUGACAACAGCGGCGACGGCGUGCGCGUUGGUGGCGCGGAGCCGCCCCAGGCCCGACCGCGGCGGAAGCCGCGCGUGCUUUUCUCGCAGGCUCAGGUGCUGGAGCUGGAGCGGCGCUUCAAGCAGCAGCGGUACCUGUCUGCGCCUGAGCGCGAGCACCUGGCCAGCGCGCUGCAACUCACGUCCACGCAGGUCAAGAUCUGGUUCCAGAACCGGCGCUACAAGUGUAAGAGGCAGCGCCAGGACAAGUCCCUGGAACUGGCGGGCCACCCCCUAGCGCCGCGCAGGGUGGCGGUGCCUGUGCUAGUGCGGGAUGGCAAGCCCUGCCUGGGUCCCGGCGCGCCGGCCUUCCCUGGCCCCUACAGCGCGGUCGCCCCGCCAUAUUCCUGCUACAGCGGCUACGCGAGCGGCCCUUAUGGCGCAAGCUAUGGCAGCGGCUAUGCGGGCGCCUCCUCGACACCGGCGCCACUCGCACCACUGACCAGCGGGGUCUCCGGUGAGGGCAGCCCCGGCACCAGCCCGCAGGGCCAUCUUUCCGCCACGCUGCAGGGUGUCAGGGCCUGGUGA